AUGACUGUGCAGGUGCUGCAGCAGUUGGAUGGCAGACCUUUCGAAAUUGUCCAAACCAGGGAUGGGCGGCGAGUGCUGGUUUUCUUGGAGGAAGGUGGAGGCAGACGACAAGUUCAGACAUUGUCUCCACAGAGCCUCGAUGUCGCUGAAACAUUCCCGCCAAAUCCAGACUCGUUAUCACAGAGACAGCGGGAAGGUCUCGAGAGCUUACGAAGAAACUUAGCACGACUUGUACGAAGACGUACGAACUGGAACAGGUACACAGUAAGUCGUGGCCGGGACGGGGUUCCCGAUUUGGAGCGAAGAAGAAGUAGUCGUCAGAGGGCACUUUCAAGAGACGACGCAAUUCACAUGCUUCGUGUCCUCAAUCGGUAUCUCUCCGGAAAUCUCGUAACAACGUCUCAAACAACGAGAUCUGCGGCAACUUCUGCUUCCUCUUUAUUCACUUCAAUGAUGACGCCACCGGUAACGUCAACUUUAAGGAGAAGUUCCACAACUAUACACCCAUCAUCAUCAACGCGCACCACAACAAUACGACCUGUUUCUUUAGUGACGUCACCAAGACCGACGACGUCACGGCUCACUACGUCAGAGCAGAUGUUGACAAAACUCAGGGAAGAGGAACAAAAAAUCAUCCGAAUGCUGCAAACAACUACCUCACCUACAACAAGCUUGUCGACCGACAGCGGAAUAACAAGUAGCCUACAAGAGAAAGAAAGACAACUCAUCCAGGAAUUAGCUAAUUUAGAGCGGACGACUUUAUUGCCCCCGACUACGCAAGUGAGACAGACGUUGCCUCCUCGAGAAUCCACGCUCAAUGAAACAAGAAACGAAAUUGCUAAGAUAAAACUAGAUCUUCAGCGUGUGAAAACUGCUCUUCUCCAAAGACUUCGAAGAGGAGAUCUAACAAACGAGCGCAAUACCCAGAGGAGGUCGGAAUUUUCUCGACUUCGAAACAUGGAACAAAGCCUUACUAAUCGGUUGCAAACGCUGCAGACGAGGUUGAACCAGAUGAUUACACGUGACCACCGUAUUCGACCAAUCACAAAGACUAGCAGGGAUGAGGUCAUGAGGUCAACUGAGAUGAUAAUGAACCAACAGCGUUCUGGGACGAUUUCUAAUCCUGUCAACCAAAUGGAUGAAAACUCCCGACUUGAAAGCGUGUUGCAGUCUUUGGAGAAGACACUAAGUGGUGGAGAACAGUUACUGCUUAUCCGAGUCUUAGGAGAAAUAGAACGAGGCGUACAAAUAAACGAAAACAAUGCACAAAUCAGUCUACUCUUAGACAAACUGAAAUCGGUGAUGACAAAUACCGAUUUUGCAUUUAUAAGGAGUCUUAUCUUAGGAGAUCAGAGCAAUGCGUCGUCGACUCUUGUGAGGAAUGAACCACAAAAUAACUCUCCCUCAGCCGUUUCAGGCGGCCCUUCUUCAUCUACAUUCCACGCAGAAGACGUAGAUAAGAUAGCACACAUCGUUCAAACCAACUUCCAGCCUCAAGAGCAAGAGAUCAUCAUGAGCCUCUUUUCGGUAGAUCAUCAGAGUAAUUCACACCUUCUUCAACAUCCAUCCGUGCAACCGAUUCUUCAAAAACUGCAGCAGCUGUUAUCUUUUUCAGAAUACAAGACGUUUGAAAGUCUAAUGAACGGAAAAACUGAUCCAAAGCACCAGGGUGCUCGAAUGGAAAGUAAUGUUAUAUCGAACACGAAUCUACAAACACUGCAACCAUCGCCGCAAUUAGUACAGCAUUUACAACAUUCAUCAAAUAUCGUGCAACAUCCGCAACAACAAAACCAGCAACUACAGCACAUGCAACAACAGCAGAUACAACAACAGCAAAUACAACAACAACAAAUGCAACAGCAACAAAUGCAACAACAGCAAAUGCAACAACAACAGUUGCAACAACAGCAAAUGCAACAGUUAAAUGCAUUAAGCAACCUCUCUCCAUCCACAUCUGAGUUUGUUGGCCAGCAGACCAUGAUUCAACACCAGAACCAAAUACCAGUGCAACAAUCAGCGCAUCUGGCUGGACAGGCAGCAUUACACCGAAUGAUGAACCCAGCGAUGGCGGCGCAACGUUUACACGGUUUGGGUAUGAAUCCCAUGGGACUCCCUAUGUUUCCUCGUCUGCCGUCUGCCAUGAUGCAGGAACUUAUGUUUGGAGAUACAACAGAUCCACCGGAGAUUCCUACCCCGACCACUGCGGCUCCUGUUAUACAAGAAACGUUAGGAGUGCCCGGGAUAACAGCACAGGCUUUGAAAGUACCAGCGAUGGACCAAAAGAUGCCAGAAAGUAUUCCUAUUACAACUCCGAACCCUGCUAAUCAUGUUGGUAACCGUUCAGUAGAUUUCACCUCACAUCUUUCGAAUAUCAUGAAUGUGUUAAAGAAUUCUGGCAUGCCUAAGAACGUAAAGCUAGAGUUUCAUUUGCCUCAAAAUACCAAGAAGGAAGAUGCCAAAAAGGAGCAACCAGCUUUUGAAAAGAAGGAUGGAAACUCAGCUAUCUUGUCCAAUACGUUACAAAUGGUUCAAGCGCCGAAGAUUUUUCCGUACAAAGUGGGUCCCAAUGUUCAGACCGUUAGUAACUCCAAUUCUAAAGAUAACAUAGUUAUUAACAAUCACCAGUCACAAGUUUUCAUGCCUUUGAUACAUCCUCAAGAAAAUAACAGCAGCAGCAUACGGGUUCAGAUUCAUGACACCCAACCAAAAAACAAACCAGUUUUUACUCUCACUCCAUCAAAAGAUCAAGUUAUUGUCCACAAUUCGAUGAAUGGCGUUCAGAAUCUUCCUCAGAAGACGCAAUUCGAUGCCAUUAGAGAAACCCCGAUUGUCUAUCAAAAUCCACUGCCUCCAGGAGGUACAGCUUUUCAAAACAACAUUCCACAAAACAGCAUGACCAUGAAAACUUCGAAUUUGAUAAAAACAAAAGCAGAGGAGGUGAGACCGUUUCCCCUUCGACAACCACCGAAACCACAAUCUGUGGAAGACUUGGAACAAUUCAAUGAAAUAAAUUUUCAAGUCCCUUUAAAGCAACUUGAAUCACAAACAUCAACUCAUAAAAUUGCGUCGCCAAACGAAAAUGAGCGCAAUCGAGUUCCCCCUAGACCGUCAGAUUCAACUUUUCACAUUCCAGACCUACCCGAAAGGAAUUUUAUCCCGUUAAGAAAACGUUUUUUAAGCAACUUAAGAAAUGAAAUAACGCCAACUAGCGAUCAAGAACGCAAUCGAAUUCCCCCCAAACCAUCGGAUUCCACAUUUCCUGUUCAAAAGGCAGACGACAACAACAUUAUUUCUCAAACUGUAAGAGAAGAGCCAUCGAAUAAUAUAUUAGGACCGAUUUCACUUCAGAAACUAUCGCUUCUAAACAGCCAGAAACAUGCAAAUUUAGAACACAAUAGACAUUCCUCUUUGCCUAAUCCUGUAGGUUUCGUGAACGACAAAAUGGAAUCAAAAAGUUUCAAUCAAGGACCACUGAAUAACCAGAACAACCAUAACAUCAUAAAGUACAAUACGGAUUUCGCAGCCGAUACACAGGCAAUGGGAAUCCCUGUUACUCUGCCUCCCCAGCAGAUGACGUCUUUCAGUGUCCCAACAACAAAUCGAUUCCUGCGCAAAGCGAACGAACAGACUAUGAAAUGGGAUGAGGUUACAAGUAAGAAGGUAGAGACAAGCGCCAACAACCAAAUCAAGAACAUAAUUAUGAACGCUGGCGGAAAUGUCCACACCUCGUUCUGGGAUACCUUGAUAGAGAAGACUACCAACAAAUCUGGACCUUCCUCUAAUUCUGUGAUAAAGAUUAACCUGGAUUCAAACAUGUUAAAGUCGCCAUUAUUUAAUACACAGCCGACAGUGAAUAAUAACAAUAAUAAUAAUGUUCCGAAAGUAGAAGAAGAGGUUGAAGCAGAAGAUAUAACAACAACGACUACUACUACCACUACUACUACAAUGAAACCAAACGAGGAAUUCCGAAUGGAAAUCCAUACCAACCAAGACGGGGUGAGUAAAAUAAGCAUUAUUCCACAGUCAAGCCCGAGCGAAAGUAAAGCUUCAACACCCUGCAGUGCUUCGUCCGAAGAUUUCAACUGCUUUGGAAAGUCUCCAUUUGAUUCUGUGAAAUCUAUAGGAACGUGGUGUCUUGCAAAGUGCCUCCAAGGUUCAUGUAUAGAAACGGUGUGUAGCUGUUCUUGCGACAAGAAGCAACAUUCUACAACAUAUCAUUCUCAAGUGGAAAACAUGGCUUCUGCUCUUUCCACCGGGAAAAACACUGACUCUGGUCAAAUACAGUCAACGCUGAACGAGAUUUACUCCUCCCUAAGAGAAAAUACACAGUCGUCAUCGAACACAAAUAACGUUCAAGCACCAAUGAAUGGCAAUAACCAAAAUAAUCAGAACCUAAAUACAAAUAACAAUAACAACAACAACAAUAACAACAACAACAGUCCAAAUUCUGACUCAGGAGAUUCCAUGAACGUGCAGUUUUUAUUGCGUUCCAUUGAAGGUAUGAUUGAAAAUAAACUUCGCAUGAUGGCACCAAGGACCACACCGAAACCGGAGGAAGAAGAAAUAGAAGCAGAGGACUUGCAGAAAACACCAGACCCCUCAAAUAACUGGAAUAACAAUGAAAAUCACAAUGGAAACAAUGGUAACAACAUGAAUAAUAAUUGGAAUAAUAAUAAUGGUAAUGAUGGUAAUAACAAUGCAAAUAACAACUGGAACACUAAUGGGAACAAUAAUAAUGCAAACAAUAACUGGAAUAAUAAUGGAAACAGUAAUAAUAAUAACAAUUGGAACAAUAAUGGAAACAAUGGAGGAAAUAAUUGGAACAACAACAAUAAUAACAACGGAAAUUGGAAUAAUAACCAAAAUAAUAACUGGAACAAUAAUGGAAACAGCAAUGGGAAUAAUUGGAAUAACAAUGGAAAUAACAACUGGAAUAAUAAUUGGCAAAACGGAAAUAACUGGCAGAAUAACAGCCCUGGUCCAUGGCAGAAUGGAAACUGGAAUAAUGGACCAAACAACUCAGGCUGGAAUGGACCUCCUCCUAACUGGACUCAGGGACCGUGGAACAAUGGUGGAGGAGGCGGAUCCUGGGGUGGAGCUAACAAUCAAUGGAAUAACUGGGGCGGAUCAGGAAACUGGAACAUGGCUUUUUCUCGCCGAAACCCAUGGCAGAGGCAUGGGGGAGGUGAAGGGGGCGAGGCAGCGGAUUAAACUGGAUUGGUGUCAGAAAAUCCAGGACAGUAAUAAUGGAAGAUAAAACUUAAUAGUGAAAAGGGCGAAAUGCAGGAUAUGAUUACUAGUACAUGUAUUUGGUUGUUUUUAUCCAAAAGGAGUAAGCACAGGAAGGUGAAAGGGGGAUAACUCUUGGAAAUAACUGUUUUGAGAGAUUUCCUCCAAUUUAUUCGCUGUUUUAUUUCGUUUCGUUGAAAAACCAGUGAAUGAUUAAUGAUCAAUUGAUUGAGUGUCUCUGCUGAUUUGCACACCUUUUUCUCUAUAUUUUUAAAAUCCAUAGCUUUUCUGGACUUCUUGGUGCAUCGUUCAUCUUCGUCUCCCGAACUCUUGAUGCCAUGUAGCGAAGCGUAGGAUUAAUUUGUGUCAUUGCGUUUCAGUCGUUGUUUCGAUUUCCUUUGCAUAAUAUUAUGGUAUUCGUCUGUGUAUAUAUGCUUAAUGUUAAUUGUCCAUUUCUGGCUUCAGUUUAUUUCAUAAAAAAGAUAUACAUUUACUAAAAAAAAUUGUUUAAUUCCCGUUAAACAAUAUCAUAUUUUAUAUUUCUGAAAUUUGCGCUGAAUUCAUACAUAUAUGUCUGUGUAUCCAAGAUUGCAUAAUAUAGGACUACCGUGAAAGAUAUACUGAGAGAGAGAGAGAGAGAGAGAGAGAGAGA